CUUAUUGGCUAAAAAGAACAAAUAUUUUUAAUGUGUCCUAACCAAAUUAAGCUGACGUUUUUAACCCAGUUCUGGAUUUGCGAAAUUUCAACCAAAAUUUCAAAAUUUAAACUAUUUUACAGGUUAGAACUGGGUAAGGCUAUUCUUGAUCAACUCUAUUAAUAAAGGCACAAGUGUCAUAGACAUUUCAUAAAAAAAAAAAAAAAAAAAAAGAGCAACACUUAGUAGAAAGAGAAAGAAAAAUGGAGGAGACAAGGGGAGUGGUGAAGCAUGUACUACUAGCAAAGUUCAAAGAUGACAUUUCAAACGAGCAAAUUGAAGAGCUCAUCAAAGGCUUUGCUAAUCUUGUCAAUCACAUUGAACCCAUGAAAGCCUUUCAUUGGGGCGAGGAUGUAAGCUUUGAGAACAAGAGUCAAGGUUUCACUCAUAUCUUUGAGUCCUCAUUUGAGAGCACUGAAGGAGUUGCAGAGUAUGUUUCACACCCGAAGCAUGUUGAAUUUGCAAAGCUCUAUUUCGCCUAUUUGGAGAAGGUACUUGUUAUUGACUACAAACCUACUAUUGUUCGUUGUUGAAAGAAGAUGAAGAAUGGGGAAACUAUUUUGUUUUUAUUAUUGGUGAAAAUGAAUCAUCUCAUAUUUAUAGACAGUUUGGUCUAAUUGGAAUUCUGGGUAUAAUUGAGUACAUCUUUUAAUCUUUUUUGUGAUUGCUGUAAACCUGUAUCUUUCUAUAAGGAGCCCGAGAUAAUUUAUCCCUAAUGUUAAGGGCGUUUAAGCCAUUAUAUACUCGUGUU